AUGGCGUUCCACAUGGCGUUGAACGCUGCGAACCUGGCGCCGGCGAACACCGGAACGCUUGCGGAAGCGCUCUCCUCGCCCUUGCCGAAUGCGCGCCCUCCCAGGAGGAUGGCAUCCGGUGGGCCGAUGAGGCGUCCUGCAACUGCUGUGGCUUUGCUGGUCCUUGUCAGACCCCGCCGUCGGCAGCUUCGUGUCACGCGCCGCCCAGCGGCGCUGCUGGAGGGCACCCUGACGGCAGUGCCCUUGGAGGAUGGCAAGCCAGCAGACUUGGGCCCGGCACCGCCUGUGGGUUCCAGAAGUUUGGACCAGUUAGGGUUUCUGCUGCGGAACCCCUUUGCCCGCGGCCUGGAGGUCACUAGCCUGGCACGUGCAGAGCUGCAGGCUUCGCCACAAGAAGUCUGGAAACUCCUCACAGGACCGCAGUCAUGGAUUGCUUUGCAGCUGGUCGAGUGCUAUGGCCUUCCAUGGCCCCUGGAGCUCGAGGAAGUGGAAGGUCGCCUGGAAGCGUCAGCCGAGCUCACUGGCCAAGUGGGUGCUCUCGGCCUGCCCCUGAGAAGCUUCACUUGGGAGGUGCAGCACAUGGAACCCAACGCAGAUGGUGGCGGCGAACUGGAGUUGCUGGGCCGAGUGGAUGGUGAAGAUGGCUCCUUCACCCACCGCUUCCACGUGACACGCUCCUCAGAACCCAGCAGCAGCUGCACCAUUGAGUCACAGGUGCGCUAUGCACCACAGAGGCCCUUGCAGCCGCUGCUGAACGCGCUGGGGGGGCGCUCCUCUCAGCAUGAAGGACACCUGCGGAUGCUGAGGCGGAUCGGCGCGAUGCUGGACGGCGAUGUCAUCUUUGACCCCGUGGGGUUCUACAACCUCAUCGGCCGUCUCAUUGAUUUGGUGGCGCCCUUCGAAGAUCUCGCCCGGGAGAAGCUGGCGACCUUGGCGGGCUUGAAGGGCUCCACGGCGUCACCGGUCAAAUUGCUGGAAAUCGGCUCCGGCUCAGGGCGAUGGGCCCGAAGCCUCUUCCCAGACGACCAAAACUCCGCCCCUGUGUCCAAGGUGACUCAGUAUUUGGGCGUGGACAUCUCCCUCACCAUGGCGGAUGAAGCUGCUCGAGCCUUGGCGAAGCUUGGCAACGCCCGAGUCGUGCGCGGGGAUGCACGAAGAGAAGGCUUGCUAGAAGAGGCCUGUGGCUCCUUCUUGGCCGGGCCUCCAGAUCGAAUUGUGGCGUCCUACGUGCUCGACAUUUUGGAUGACAAGGACCUGCAGCGGCUCCUCACGUCCUGUGCCAAGCUCUUACGCCAGUCCGGGGGACUCUUCGCCGCCGCCGGUGUGUUCCCCGGGAGCGCGUUGAUGACGACUUGGGAGUCCAUUUGGCAGAAAGCCCCCAGCGUGGUGGGUGGAUGUCGCCCCAAAGACCUCCGCGCCAAGCUCGAAGGCCUUGGCUGGGAGAUUCUGGCUGUGGAGGUCACAGAUGUGUUGGGCUACCGCUCACAGGUGGUGUUGGCGCGUCCCCCCGCGCGCUGA